AGGACGGUUCAUUCACGAAUCGGACACCGCGUCAAAGGACAAUGGAGUUGAAUGCGCCGGAGUCAAGACGAGCCGAGAUCCUUCUACCUCGAACAUGUACCGUUAGGAUUAGCCGGGGUUGUGAACGGAUGAAUGGAUGAACAUCAGUGUUAUAUGACCGCAGUGCGCUGUUCCUGAUCCUCAUGACCAGCUCGCGCUUUCAAGUGUCAAUAGGAGAAGUUCCUGCUGUAAAGACCUAACGUUACUGCUGUUUCGUCUCCAGGGUUUCCCCCUGAACAAUAAGGGCUUCAUGUGAUUUUUUUAUGGAAUGAUUUAUGGCACUGAACAUAUCAGGAGCUCCUUAUACAAUGUCUGAAGUCAGUAUAGGACGGAAAAAAGAAAAGUGUGAGAAUUGCACUAAACAGUGCAACAAGAAACAGAGUGAUGAAGGAAUAAACUCACUGCAAGAGAAAGGUGUUGCCACUGGAGAGGUGAAAGAGUCUACCUCAGUUCACCAGGUGUUGUUGAGCGCGUGUCUGGCCUGUGACGGCUGUGUAUCGGAGAACGAAGGCCAGAGAAUUUCUCAGCAAAAUCUGGAUGAGAUCAACCACGUGCUUGCCCUCAAUAAGAAAUGUGACACUUCGAAGCACAAAAUUCUCGUGGUGUCUGUGUGUCCCCAGUCGCUGCCAUUUUUUGCUAUUAAAUUUCAGCUGGAUGUUCCAGCGGCUGCAAAGAAACUCUGUGGCUUCCUAAAGAGUGUGGGUAUGUCUGGACACCAUAUUUGCCUUGAAGUCACAGUCACUUUGCCAACCUCCUUAAUCAAAAUGUUCACACAUUGUAGAUGGAUUCGCUAUGCAGAGCGUGUUCUUGGUAGCCUGGUCACACCACACAUCUGCACCGCAAGAUCACCUCAACAGAUCAUGGGCUCCUUGGUCAAAGACUUUUUUGCCAGACAACAGAAGCUGACCCCAGAUCAGAUUUUCCAUGUGGUGGUGGCUCCCUGCUUUGAUAAAAAGCUUGAAGCUGUGAGAGAGGAAUUCUACAACAGCAUCCUAGAGACCAGAGCUGUCGACUGUGUGCUUACGUCAGCAAUUGUGUGUGUGUUUUGCGCAGGAUGGAUUCGCUAUGCAGAGCGUGUUCUUGGUAGCCUGGUCACACCACACAUCUGCACCGCAAGAUCACCUCAACAGAUCAUGGGCUCCUUGGUCAAAGACUUUUUUGCCAGACAACAGAAGCUGACCCCAGAUCAGAUUUUCCAUGUGGUGGUGGCUCCCUGCUUUGAUAAAAAGCUUGAAGCUGUGAGAGAGGAAUUCUACAACAGCAUCCUAGAGACCAGAGAUGUCGACUGUGUGCUUACGUCAGGAGAGAUUCUCCACUUAAUGGAACAAAGCAAAGUUACUGUUGAGGAAGUGGACUCUGCUCCUUUGGAUCAUGUAUUUGGUGAGACCAGUGACCCAGGUAUGACCAGGCAUGAAGGUCGUGGAUCUGAAGGCUUCCUGGAGCACAUUUUCAAACAUGCAGCCAAAGAGCUGUUUGGCAUUGACGUCCAAGAGAUUGUGUACAAGACACUCAGGAAUCGAGACUUCCAGGAGGUAGCGCUAGAGCGUGAUGGAGAGACUCUCCUGCAGUUUGCUGCAGUUUAUGGCUUCCGGAACAUUCAGACUUUAGUGCACAGAAUGAGGAAAGGCAAAGUGCCCUACCAGCUAGUAGAGGUGCUUUCCUGCCCCGGAGGCUGUUUAAGUGGACGAGGACAAGCUGAGGGAGAGGGAGGUCGUCCUGACCGAACUUUGGUCCAGCAAAUGGAAGACCACUAUAGCAGCUUACCUGUCCGACUGCCUGAAAGCAACCCAGAGGUCCAGCGCCUCUACCAGGACUGGCUGGACUGCCACGACUCCCCGCAUGCGCAGCAAUGCCUCCACACUCAGUACAAGAACCACACGCAGCCGCCCUCUCAUAUGCUAAAUUCUGAUAUGCAGUGGUGAUUGGAAGUCAGCACUGCAUUCCCACAUAUCUGGAACCAAGCUGGGCAUUAACAGCACCAAUCAAGACUGACUGUUUGAUGCCAUCUUGGGCUCACACGGAUGCAAUGUGUCUGCAGUAAAAGAAAAGUUGAACAGAGGACCAAACAGGCUUCCUGUUCUAUGCAGUGAUCGGACUCUGCUUUACUAAUGAGAAGAUUUGCAUUCGUUGACUAGUUUUCUGGAGCAUUCACUCAUGUUACACCUAAAUGAUGUCAUGCAUGGUUGGGCAACCAGCCGUGUUAUUAAAAGGACAAUAGCAAUAACACAAGGCAAAAAGCCCUGAGUAUUAUUUCUAUUAAUUACUGAACCCUGUUAAUAUGCACUGAAGGAAAUAUUGAUGGAAUUUUGUGUAUGACUAUAACUACGAAACAACUGUAGAAAGUACAAAACUAAUACAUAUUGGUGCAAUGAAUUAAUUAAAGAAUACCAAUCAUCAAUUAAAGCUUAAUUACUUUUUUAAAAUAAAAAAUAUAUAUAUUUUGACCAAUUUGAUUACGCUUUCACCUACCAAAAAAGUAUUACUACAGCACAGAAAGCAUCUAAUUUGUCCACAGAUUCCAUCUGGGUCUGGUUAUAAAUUACUGUGUGUUUAUAAAUGUCUUAUAUUGACAUGAAAACAAACUUUUCUGUAUUAAGUGUUCAUUAUUGGUUUUCAAAUGAGAAACUAGAUGGCAGAAUACAUCACUGCGUAUGGAUGGAUGGAUGGCAGUUGGGGGCCUCAAAUCCCUCACACUGUGCCCAGUAUGCAUCAACUACUGCGAUAACCUCUUUGCGAGCGGUUACAACUGUGUGAGCUUGUUGCAACUGGCUGCUCUGUCACAAUGUUUCUUUGUCAUAAAAUUCAUCAUACUAGCCACAUUAUGUGCUGCAGCUCCACACUGCAGUCAUUGAAGUGGUAAGCUGAUUUUCUUAUUGAUAUAUUUAUAUCUGAAAUGUUUGUAUUUUCAGAUAUAGUGCACAAAAUGUUACUGAAAUUCAUUGAGAAAUGCCUUAAAAUACAGUUUAUGAUUUUGCACUGUGUAACAUUAAGGAUAAUUCUAAUUUCUCAUAUGAAGCAAUCUUGCCUCAUUGCACAAACAUGCAUGCUCUUCCUUGCUUGACUAAUUUUGAGCCAUUAACCACUAUAGUGAAUUCAGACACGUGUGAAGCCAAAGGUAGUAAUAACAUUAUUAUUGAGUCUCUUGAUAUUCACACAAGAAUUUAAAAGGCACAUGAUCACA